AUGGCUCCGGUGACGUUCAUCACCUUCGGCCUCAAGCACCACGUGGACUCCAUCCUCCUGACGAAGCUGUACGCGUUCAGAGACGAUAACACUGUGACCUUGGGAGACUACCCACCACAUGUCGCCCACCACAUGUACAGCACCGUGGCAUGGACGAUGAUGAUCCAAGCCGCUGGCGCUGUCCUCUUCAUGACGGUGGGAGCCUCGCCCGAAGAGCGUUUCAACAGUGUCUGGAUAUGGUCGUUGGCCAAGCUGCUCGUGGCCUUGGGCGCCGUCUUGCUCCCGCUGAGCUUCUGGAAUGCGUGGCAGGUCGACAAGAAGGAGAACUUUCCCGACCAGCCCGAGGAGCGUGAGCACCUCCACGCCCCCGUCCUGCUCAGGCUGGCCCGCCGGACCGUCGACGUGGUCCAUGAGUUCAUCGUGGCGUCGCCGUACGGGGGCGGGCGGGAGCCCCUCCUCCCCGACGGCGGCGCGCGGGCGGACCCCGCGGGCGCCGCGGCCGACGGCCCCGGACACGGAGGGCACGACGGGUCGGAGGAGCUCAGCUGGAACGCCACCAAGUGCUUCGCGGACGCGGUGCUGCGCAGGACGCCGCUGAGAUCGGAGCCGGGGCCGGGGCUCGACGCCCAUGGCAGUCCCGAGGUGGUGGAUUGGCCAGCCCUCGCCGGGAAACUGUGCGGGCUACUGGGCGGGAAGGUGGUCAGCACCGACGGGAUGCCGAUGCGUUUCGAGCGCGCUAUCAGGAGGUCGGGUGACGACCUGGACGACGACGGCAUGGUGGUGGACCUGCCCGCCCUGCUGGAGGGCCCCGCCUGCUGGAGUGCGCCAUAG